AUGACAGAUAAGAAGAGUACUACUACUAUUAGUAAUAAUAAUAAUAAUAAUAAUGAACAGAUAGAUAUACAUAGAAGACCACCGUUAACAGGUGAUUUGAAAGAUGGUAUUGAUAGGAAGCAAUCAUAUAUUAUGGGUAUAGAUGAAGCUGGUAGAGGUCCUGUAUUGGGUCCACUUGUUUAUGGUGCAUGCUUUGCACCACUUAAAGAAAUAGAGACAAUCAAGAAAAUGAAGUUUAAUGAUUCAAAGAAAUUAACAGAACAACAAAGAGAACAAUUAUUUAUAAAGAUUAUAAAAUCACCAGAUGUGAUUGGAUUUGUUAGUGAUAUCAAUACACCAGAGUAUCUAUCGGAAAAGAUGUGUGCAAAGAUGCCAACAUCUUUGGAUGUUAUAUCACAUGGUUCUGCAUUCAAGAUGAUUAGAACUGUAUUGGAUAGAGGAUAUAAUGUACAAGAGUUGUAUUUGGAUACGGUAGGUCCUGCUCUAAAAUACCAAACAAAACUUCAAAUUGCUUUCCCAAGCAUUGGAAAGAUUGUGGUAUCGAGCAAGGCCGAUAGUAUCUAUCCUAUUGUUAGUGCUGGCAGUAUUGUCGCCAAGGUACUCAGAGAUGUGUUGAUUGCAAACACGUCGUUUGCAGCUUACCAAGGCGUUGAAAUCAGUAGAGACUUUGGAUCUGGGUAUCCAAGCGAUCCAUCAACAAAGAAAUGGUUACGUGAACAUCGUGACAAUGUAUUUGGGUAUCCAGACAAUAUUAUCAGAUUUAGUUGGAAAACAACUAUCAACAAUUUGGCAAGUGAAAGUAGUAUUCAUUGGGUAUCUUUGGAUAAACAAUCACAUUAUUUCUCUACAAAGAGAAAGAGAUCAUCAUUUUUCCAAGACAAUCAAAUUGAUAAUCAAUCAAUUGAUUUUUAA